GUGACGUGUCUUUACUGCAGCCGGAAGUAGAGACCAGUCUGCUUGUUUGCUGCUGAGCUCCUGGAAUAUCGGUUCAACACAGAGCAAAUAUCCAACUUAAAGGGACGAAAAUGGUGACAGACGUGCAGCUGGCCAUUUUUGCCAACAUGCUUGGCGUGUCAUUAUUCCUGCUGGUUGUGUUGUAUCACUAUGUGGCUGUAAAUAACCCCAAGAAACAGGAGUAAAUUUGCCAAUAUGAUUGGAGAGGUGAGAUGGGACUCAGUGCCACCACCAUGGAAACAUUCCCCUCCUCAUGUCCUUUUUCCAAAAGAUGAAUUUCUUUGUAAAACUGCACGGUAGAGAUUUUUUCUAAUAAAAAUGUGUGAAUUCCAA